AUGUUGGCACACAUUAACAAAAUAAUACACCUCGCUCAAUCAUCUGGCGCAGGCCGCACGAGCUGUGCUCCAGAACGGCGCCCAGAUCUCCCAAAUGUUGAGUGAUCUGAACCGCGUGGAUUUCCACAAUAUGCAGGAACAGGCCGCCUGGGUGAGUCAGUGUGCCCCGGCUGUGGUUCAGAGAUUGGAGAGCGACUUCAAGGCCGCCCUGCAGCAGCAGAGCUCGCUGGAGCAGUGGGCCAGCUGGCUGCAGCUCGUGGUCGAGUCGGCCAUGGAGGAGUACACGGGCAAGCCGACAUAUGCGCGGGCCGCCCGCCAGUUCCUGCUCAAGUGGAGCUUCUACAGCUCGAUGAUCAUCCGGGACUUGACGCUGCGCUCGGCCUCGAGCUUCGGCAGCUUCCACCUGAUAAGACUUCUGUUCGACGAGUACAUGUUCUAUCUGGUGGAGCACAAGAUAGCCGAGGCGCAGCAGAAGACGGACAUAGCGGUCAUAUGCGAACGCAUGAAGAAAGAGAUGGACUUUGAAUUUGAAUGCCAGUUCGCGUACAUCACCAGCGAAACGGAGCAGCAGAAUACCCCCAGCUCGGUCAGCGGCGGGGAUGUUGGCAUCGAGGCGAAGCGACUGAAGCAGGAAUGAGUUGCUAUGGAAGCGGAAGCGGAAGCAGUGAAACUAGUAUUCAUAGUAACCGAGUUUAUGUAAUCCGUAAUGGUUAUCCCGAUCAGUGUGCACCUGUCCCCAUGUCACCCUGUCACCCAUAUUCAGCUCUGCAUUUAAUAGUCAAACCGUGUGUUGUACGUAUCCGUGUGUUAGUUUGUAGUCCUAAGUUCCCAGACCCUAAGCGUAGUCAGUCGAUCAUUUUUAGUAGUAACAUUUUAGGCAGACUCAAAGGACUCAUAGCUCAUGCAGAGGCAGCGCUAGUGCUGGCCGAUUAGUGUGAGUUUGUAUGAGUGAGCAUUGCCCCCACAUUGAAGUGAAGAGCCGUCCAGCAGGCAGGAGGCAAACGCAGGCGGCAGCAAGGCGCAAGCCGCAAGCAACGUCUGUCCUUGCCUGCCUGGUCAACAGAUCCGAUCUGAUCUCUGAUCGAUCCGUGUAUUCAUAAGAUACAUUUUAGUUUAAGUACAUGUGCAUUAAUAUCUGUAAUUUACGUCUAAUUGUCUACUGUCUACGUCUACGAUAAUGUUAGUUCCCCUUGUUUGUUUAAGAGAGAGCGGAGAAUGCAUCAGUUUUGUCUGGUUUCAACUAUCUUGUAUCUUGUAUGUCACAGCGCACAGCGCACGGCGCACACUCGCACACAUAGAUACACAGAUCACACACAACCACAUAUACAUGGAGCACCCACGCACACUGAAAGCGAAAGCGACAGCGACAGCGAAAGCUACAGUUCGAUUUUAUAGAUUUUAGCGAAACAGCUUGCUCAACGAAUUAACAAAGUAUCGGUAUAUCCAGCUCAAACCUAAGCUAAGUAAACAACAGGCCUUAAAUGUGCAAAGAUCAACACUCAAUUUUGAAACAAUACAAUUUACCAUAUACCUUAUACCUUAUACUCUAUAUGUAUAUGUAUAUCUAUAUAGUAUACAAUGUGUAGACUAAGAAACAUGAAUGUAAUAUGUAUAUUUUAACUACAAGUGGAUGCUCUGGGGGAGCAGCAUACAAUAUAUUUUAACAGAGGCGCUUUUCAAAGUA